AUGGCACAUUUUCAACAUCAAUUACUACCAAAUGGGGCCCUACUAUAUCGAGAUGAGGCUUUGACUGAUCUGGAAAAGAAACCAAUCUUUAAUAAUAACAUCGUACCUCCAGUAAACCCGUUAACUGCCACAUGCGAGUUAUUUUUAUCUUCUAGUAAGGAUUCUAGUCAAUUGGUGACACUAAGCGAAAAUUGUUUGCGCUGGGGGAAUUAUCAAAAGGAGAAAUUUAAUACAAUGCCUAUUGAACCUCUGAAUAAUUUUGGCGAUCAGCAUUUCUCUAUAUCUACAUCGAAGAAUAUGAUCUGCAUCUUUUUCAAGAAUACAUUGAAGACAGUUGAGGUUCCAUGGGGUUAUGAAGAUAUCGAGAAACAUAUGGCAUUUGGUUUCCAAUCAGAAGUAUUUACAUUUGAUAAUUUCUCUAAUAUCAGGCAAAUAUUGUUUCAUCCAAGAGCCAUCGAUGAUAAUUCAUUAGUUAUUUUGUUCGAGGAUGAUACGGUUGUUUUAUUCGAUCUGGAUACAAAAAACCAAGUUGUUUUAAAUAAAUGCGAAGGUAGUUUUGGUUUCAAUGGGAGAAUUAAUGAUAUAAAAAGCAUGACUUUUAGUAAAGACGGUUUGACAUUGUAUUUAUUGAGUGUCACAGAUGGUGGGGAUAUAUAUGCUCUGUAUCCAUGUCUACCUGCUAAGAUAAUUAUGGACGCGGCUGAAUUGAAAAGGACCAGAGAUAAAGCUGUGUUAUUGUAUGAUUCUUUGGACGAAGAUACAAAGGAUGACGUUAAAAGUAAUGUUAUUAGGCAGUACAAAUUUAUAUCAAGAAUGUAUUCAGAUAAUUCCAAGACAAAAAGGACUGAGUUUGAGAUUGAUUCUAAUUUACGUGUCGUUCAACCUCAAGGUCCAUUUACUAUUUCUCCAUAUCCGACCGAUCUUUACGAGACUACUGCCAAUGAGAUUCAUAGAGUAGAUAUUGAAAACUCUACAGAAGUGUUUGCUCUACUUUUUGAGAAUGGUACCAUAUUAAUAUUAUAUCAAGAUGAAGAAAUGUCUAUGUGUUGGGAUUCUGAAAAUUACGUGUAUUCAAAUUCAAUGGUAGUAGUAGAAAGAAUUGAUCAUUUUGUAAAAUUAAUUGGAUCUAAUGGAGAAUUAAAAAUAUUUAAAGAUUUCAAUGAACGUAAUCGACUCCUGGUAACUGUAAAAAGUAGAAUUGGUCUUGAUCUGAUCAAUAUGUCAAGUUGGGGUCGUGUUCUAGAUAAAGCUGUUACAGAUUAUGAUCUAUCACAGGUUGCAGGGACAACAUUUUCUAGUGAUAUUAAACAUAUGGAUGGUAUAAGGAGUGACCCUUCUGGAUGUGCAGUAUGGAGAUAUAAGGGUAAGACAGGUGUUAUAGUGGCAGGUCCCGGUUGUGUCAGGGCAGAACUGUUGAAAUUGCCUCAAAUUAUUGAGGAACCUACCCAAACAAGAGAAGAUUCCCCGGUUCUUCCUACUGAAACAAUUAAAUUCAAGGCCGGUUUUUCGCAACCAAUACAAGAGAUUCGGGACCUUACAACUGCUUACAUUAGACGUUGUUCAAACCCGUUCUCUGAGGUUAUUUCCCCUGAAGUGAGAGGCAAAGAGUUAUCCAAUGCUGCUAACGAAAUUCAAUUGGAAGCGUUAACGAAACUGUCGUCUCAAUUAGGUAAUGUUAUUGUUCAAGGUGAAAGUCUCGGCGUGAUGUUACAUUCUCGACUAUUAGAACAACAAUUCGAAUUGACUAAACAGAUCAAGGGUACAAGUGAUAUUAUUGAAAAGCAAGAUACACUUGUCGAUAGAUAUGAGGAACAAAUAAAAAUACUUUCCACUAAGAUGGCAAAACAGGACGCAUUAAUCAUGCGAUUAGUCAACUUGAACCAGCAGGUUAGUAAAGCAAACGUUGCAGCAUUGACCAACGAUAACACUAUCAGUAUUCAGGAGGUUACAUGGUUCAAAGAAAUCAGAAAUCAAAUAUUCAAGUUUAAUGAUUUUGUGCAUAGUCAAAAGGCAUUACAGGAGCAACUUGAAUUUGUAAAGAGAGAAUUGAGCAAAUUACAAGAGAAGUCUAAGGACACCCAAAGCAAGACCGAAAGAGAAUGGGGAGAAUUACGUACUAUACUAGAAGGUGACGCUGCGGUCAUCAAAGAAUGUAAUACGGAACUACAGAAGAUCAGUUCCAAGAUCGGCGCAUAA